AUGCCAGAAUUAAAAUCUCCAACAAUUUCUAAUCCUGAUUCAAAUACACCUCCCACUCUACCAAAACUUCGCCAAAUCGCUCCCGCUCCUCAAAGUAAACCUGAUUACGACAUCUACCACAUCCCGAAAGGUUUUGAGGUUUUACUUGUACCCAAAUCUUCGGCAGAUGCUUCUCCUUCCCUCACCGGUCAUCUGUCUUCUUCGCCUAGCAAUGCCAUCCCUCUUUCUCCUGCCCCUUCUGAAUCGAGCAUCCAGGAUUCGCCAAAGUCUUCCUCGAAACCUUCGCCGCCAAACAGUUCGUGGCGUAAGCGUAGGAACAACGGGCACAUCCCUCGUCCAAAGAAUUGCUUCAUGGCCUAUCGUGAACAAAUUCAACGCAAGGUUCUCGAGGAAAACCCGGGAAUGAAUAACAAGUUGGUUUCCGUGAUCGCCGCCAAAAUGUGGAAUGAAGAGACCGAGGAGGUCAAACAAUUUUGGCGUGAGCGUGCCCAGCAAUUAAAGAUCGAACACAUGAUCAAAUACCCCAACUACAAGUUCGCUCCCAAGAAGAAGCAGUCAAAGCCCAACGCCAACUGUGUCAAAUCUGGAAAGGUCGUCAAGAAAUCGGCUGACCCAAAGAUCAUGACCGAAGAACUUGCCAAAGAUAUAAUGAGAAGUGAAUAUAGUGACCCCGAAACUGUUACUCACUCGUUCAACAAUCGACCUAUUUUCUGGAGUCACUGUCGUUCUUCGUCAAUGGACUCAAUUGGUUCUUGGACAAGCGAUUCAGCCCCGCCCACUCCUCCUUACAUCGAUUCGAACUCUCCUCCAACCUUUGCGACACAUGAUUUCCACGACCAUUCUUCUCCCUUAAGGUAUGAGACUUGUUCAAAAGUUGAUGCCGACAGUCAUCCGAGCUCAUUGACCGAAAAUGGUUGGUUCGGUCAAUGUUCUACGAUGGGAAAUGAUUUCCUUGACACUUUGCUCCCCUCGAUCGAGUUCGACAACGGUAUGAAUGUCGAUGCCUCCACCAAUAGUGGUCCUUACUAUUUCGAAGAGGAUGACGAAAUGGAGUACGCUGAAAGCUUUAACCCUUCCCAAAUUCUUGAUACACUUGUAUUGCCUGGGCAGCACUCCAUUCACCAAGGAUAUCAACACCAACAAUCGCUUUAUUAG